CCAAACACACACAGUCAGAACUGAAAUCUGGCAGGCAUAUAGCGGAGAUUACCAGAAAUGAAAGGAACACCAGUUUACUUUGUCAGACGAUUGGUAAACUGCCUCCCUUACUGGCAACAAUUGUUGCUGUGUUUAUUUUGAGAUGUAUUGUGCAAGCGUUUUGGACAAGCAAGGGAGGAAACUCCUAAUCUUAUAAAGGGAACAUGUGCGUCUUGACUCCAUUAUGUUAACAAGGACUAGAAAAUGAAGUUGUUCUUACUAAAGUGCUUGCUAGCUUGUUACUUCACAAACGUCCGAGCAGAAAAUAGAGAGUAUUACAUUGGGAUUACAGAAACUACUUGGAAUUAUGCACCUGGAAUGAAGAACAUAAUAUCAGGAAGGCCCUUUUCAGAAGAUGAGCAAGCAAGUGUCUUUCUCCAACAAGGUCCGGACCGGAUAGGAAGAAUAUAUAAAAAAGCUAUAUACACACAGUUCACAGACAGCUCAUAUACUAGAAGUGUUGAAAAACCUUUUUGGCUGGGCUUCCUAGGCCCCAUUCUCAAAGCAGAAGUUGGAGACUCCAUCAAAGUCCACUUAAAAAAUCUUGCUACCAGACCCUACACUCUCCACCCACAUGGUGUUAAGUACAACAAAAGAAAUGAAGGUGCUUUUUACCCUGACAAUACCUCAGGUUUGGAUAAAAAAGAUGAUGGUGUGCAACCUGGAGAGCAGUAUGAAUAUAUUUGGGAUGUAACUGAAGAUCAUGGCCCAGCAGAAGGUGAUAACAAUUGUGUGACCAGGAUUUAUCACUCGCAUAUAGAUGCUCCUAAGGAUGUUGCUUCUGGGCUCAUUGGACCUCUCAUCACUUGCAGGAAAGGCACAUUGCAAAAUGGAAAAGAUAAAGACAUUGACCAAGAAUUUAUCCUGUUGUUCUCUGUAAUGGAUGAAAACUUCAGCUGGUACUUAGAUGAGAAUAUCCAGACAUAUUGCUCUGAACCUGACAAAGUGGACAAAGAGAACGAGGACUUCCAAGAGAGCAAUAAAAUGCACUCAAUUAAUGGAUAUAUGUAUGGAUAUCUUCCCAACCUCACCAUGUGUGCAGAAGAUAAAGUGAGAUGGCAUCUUUUUGGCAUAGGGAAUGAAGCUGACAUUCAUUCAGCUUAUUUUCAUGGGCAAAUAUUGACAGAAAAGAAUCAUCGAACAGACACAAUCCAUCUCUUCCCGGCUACGUUUGUGGAUGCUCUCAUGGUGCCCAAGAAUGAAGGGGAAUGGCUGCUUAGCUGCCAAGUCAAUGAUCAUAUAGAAGGUGGCAUGCAGGCCAUUUUCAAAGUGAAAAACUGUCAAAGAAAUUCUGCAUCUCCCAAGGAAACUGCUAACAUAAGACACUAUUAUAUUGCUGUGGAAGAAAUCUUCUGGAACUAUGCCCCAUCAGGAAUACAUAACUUCACAGGCGAAACAUUAAUUCAUGAUGGGGAGUCAGAGGCCUUUUUUGAACAAAAUGAAAGAAGGAUCGGGGGAACUUACAAAAAAGCUGUUUUUCAUGAAUACGUUGAUGAUACCUUUACAAAACGCAAGGAGAGGCUGCCUGAGGAAGAACACCUUGGACUUUUGGGACCUGUUAUCAGAGCUGAAGUUGGAGACAUCAUCCUUGUGACCUUUCAAAACAAUGGAAGUCGCCCAUUCAGCAUUCAGUCACAUGGUGUGAGUUACAGCAAGAACAAUGAGGGUUCAUUCUACAACACAAUCUCUGGAGGCACUGCAGCUCCGUCUUCACAUGUGAGUCCUGGAGCUACAUUUACUUAUAAGUGGAAGGUGUCAGAAGAUGCGAGUCCAGCACAGAAAGACCCGCAGUGUUUAACCUGGCUUUACUAUUCGGCAUCAGAUGAUAUCAAGGACACCAGUUCUGGCUUGGUGGGCCCACUCUUGGUGUGCAAGAAAGGGGCUCUCCUUUCAUCAGGAAAACAGAAGGAUGUAGACAGGGAAUUCUUUCUCCUUGCUACAGUAUUUGAUGAGAAUCUGAGCUGGUACUUGGAUGACAAUAUCCAGCACUUUACAGCGACAUCCCCAAAUGAGAUUGAUAAAGAAGAUGAAGACUUCCAGGAAUCUAACAAGAUGCACUCCAUAAAUGGAUACAUGUAUGGAAACCAGAAGGGCCUCGAGAUGUGUACAGGGAAUACCAUUUCCUGGCAUUUGAUUGGCUUGGGAUCAGAGGUCGAUAUUCAUGGGAUCUAUUUUUCGGGAAAUACUCUUUUGGUUCAAGGGAAAAGGCAGGAUACAACCAACCUGUUUCCCCAUUCCUCUGUUACAGCUAUUAUGAAGCCUGACACAGAAGGCACCUUUGAAGUGGAAUGCCUGACAACAGAUCAUUUCAUGGGGGGUAUGAAACAGAGAUAUGUGGUGAGGAAAUGUGGUUUGUCAACAGAGGACAAUGAAGUGUAUUUCAAUCAGAAGGUUUACUACAUUGCAGCUGUGGAGGCUGAAUGGGACUAUUCUCCUAACAGGACAUGGGAGAAGGAGAAACAUCAGUUCCAUGAUGAAAGCCCAGGGAAUCCAUUCUUAGAUAAAGAAGAUAAGUUCAUUGGUUCGAAAUACAAGAAAGUUGUUUAUCGGGAAUAUACUGACAGCACUUUCAGCAUGCCCAAAGAAAGGAAGGAAGAAGAAGAACAUCUGGGAAUUCUAGGGCCCCUGCUUGUUGCACAUGUUGGAGAUGAAGUCAGGAUUGUUUUUAAAAAUAAUGCUUCAAGACCUUAUUCGAUUCAUGCACAUGGAGUGAAAACUGAUUCUUCGACUGUACUGGAAACCAUGCCAGGUGCAACAAGAGAAUAUAUUUGGAAAAUCCCUGUGAGAUCUGGCCCUCGGGAAAGCGGUUCCCAAUGCAUCCCUUGGGCAUAUUACUCAAGUGUGGAUAAAGUUAAGGACCUCUACAGUGGGUUAAUAGGGACACUCUUAGUUUGUAGCCAGCAACCUUUGUUCAUUCUCCCAUGGCAGAAGAUGGUGCAAUUUGCUCUUCUUUUUUUGGUGUUCGAUGAAAAUGAAUCUUGGUACUUGGAUGAAAAUAUCCAAACGUACUCUGCCAAGCCAGAAGAAGUAAAUAAAGAAGCCGAGGAGUUUAUUGAAAGCAAUAAAAUGCAUGCCAUUAAUGGACGGCUGUUCGGGAAUUUGCAUGGCCUUAACAUGCACAUUGGAGACAAAGUCAGCUGGUACUUGCUAGGAAUGGGCAAUGAAGUAGAUAUGCACACUGCACAUUUCCAUGGCCACAGCUUUGAAUACAAGCAAUCCAGGACUUACCGGGGAGAUGUCUUUGAUCUUUUCCCGGGGACUUUUCAAACUGUCGAAAUGAUCGCAAAGUAUCCUGGGACAUGGCUUCUGCACUGCCACGUGACUGACCACAUCCAUGCAGGGAUGGAGACUACCUACACAGUGCUCCCCCAAAAAGGCUCUGUAAGUGAGAAUGCACAAAGUAGCUUCCAUCACUCUAGCUUCAGUGGCUUCCUGUGCUUGAUAGUCACCAUUUGUUCCCUGGUAGUGCUAUAAUGCAAAUGAGGGUGCCACUACCUCCCCCAUAGUUCUCUCAUCGCCAAAAAGCUUGCAGAAGCCAAAGUCCAGCAGCUGGGCAGAAUGACCUAUUGAAGCAUCCAGGGGAUUUGCACCACUUCUAGGGGGCACCACAUUAAAAAAAGUUUAAGACCAAACGAUUUUUGAAGAUGCUUCUGUAUGUAGAGAAGAUGGAAUAAAACAGCACUUGCCACCAUUUGUGCAAAAUGUGUGCAUACUCUUUGGUUCAAGUGACUACCAGGAAAAAAGACGUCUAAUCUAAUGUUUGUGGCAGCCUCACUGACUGGGUCUUGCAACUGAACUGGAGGGAUACCUUUUGAACAUUCCUGUCUUGAUGCAGAAACACUCUUGAUGCACUAUGGAUACAAUCCGCUGAACAUUCAUCCGGUUCACAUGCUGAGAAUCAGAGUUGCAUUUUCAGCACCUUAUUUCUGACUGAUGCCACUGAACUAUCAGAGGUUGCAGUGGUUGGACAUGACAUCCAAAUGCUGAUGGUUCAGGAAAAAAAUGUAUUUUGGGGGGGAAUUGUAUGCCUACUUUGCAAGUGUAUUUGGACCACCUGCUGCUGAAGGAUUUUGUCCAGCUUUCUGUGCAGUGUAAAAAGAGUUCUAAAGCAGUGGAAAGUAGUAACUAUAAUCAAUGAAAGUAAAAAGGAUCCUUUAAAAAUCUG